AGUCACAUCAGCCAGUACGUGCGAGCAGACUGUGUCAAUGUGAUGGCAGGUCCGGUAGUCACCACGCCGGAGCUGAAUCUGACUCCUCGUACACCUCCAUAGCCAACCCAUGCUCCAGAUCGCCCACACUUCUGAAGAUGCCAGUGGUUUACGGGCCCGUAAACCCUUAUCUGUCUGCCACCAGGAAUUGCCAUCAGCGAACGAAAGCUGAUGGUAGUCGGAGUCGCAUGUGCUAGCACGUACUAGCUGAUAAGCACAAAGGACUCCGCCCGCUUGCAUGCAAUCUUCAGAGCAAAAGAGAGACUCGCUUUUUAGCCAAAGCUCAAUCUCUGCAUUUUACCUGCAUUUUACCGGUGGCGCUUGAAUAGGCGAUAUCGUGGUAUUCUAGUUUAGCGACGAAAGCAAAUGGCAGACUACUCGCGUGUUAGGGUCGUCAGUCGGAGCCUCGUCAAGGCGCCCGGCGCCGUCACGCCGCGCAUCCUCGCCGUGUCCAACCUCGACCUGCUCCCUCGGCCCAUACCGUCCUUGCUCCUCUGCGCCUACCGCAAGCCCACCACCGGUUGCUUCGGCGAUGUCGUGGCCAUCUUCAAGGCCAGUCUACCAUCCCUGCUCGAGCACUUCUUCCCCCUCGCCGGUCGCCUCGUGUCCAGCCCGCGCUCCGGGGUUCCGGAGGUGCACUGCGACAACCAGGGCGCGGAGCUCGUCGUCGGUGAGGCCGGCGUGGAACUGGCUAGCCUGGACUAUGGCGCGCUAGGCGCGUCGCUGGCGAGGAUCGGCGCGCUCGUCCAGUACGGCGCCGACGUCGUGCUUUCGGUGCAGCUCGUGUCGUUCGCCUGCGGCGGGUUCACCGUCGCGUGGUGCUCCAACCACGUGGUCAUGGACGGGUACGGGCUGUGCAUGCUCGCCAGCAUGUGGUCCGAGCUCGCGCGGUCCGGGAGGAUCGACACCACCCGCGGCGGCGGGGCACCCAGCUUCGACCGCUCCGUGCUGCCGCGCCCCCGCGCCGUGCCGUCGUACAGCCCCUCGCUCACCGAGGCGUUCACGCCGUUCGAAGGCAAGCAUCUGGUCAACUCGCUCACGGCCGGGAGCUACUGCGUCACGCGCCUGUACUACGUCCAGGAGCGUGAUAUCGCCAUGCUGCGCGCGCGGGCGAGCAGGGAGGCUGUCGGCGAGCGACACGCGACCCGCCUCGAGGCGGUGUCGGCGUACCUGUGGAAGGCCUUGGCCGCCGUCGUGGCCGCGUCCGGUUCCGACGAGACCUGCCGCAUGGGCUGGUGGGUGGACGGGCGGCGGAGGCUCAGCGUGCCGGGAAACGAGCCCGCGAUGCGCAACUACGUCGGCAACGUCGGCACGUUCGCGCUCGCGGAAGAAACCGUGGAGGAGGUCCGGCGGCGGCCGCUCCCGGAGGUGGCGUCGAUGGUGCGGGAGGCGAUCGCGGCGAGGGCCACCGAGGAGCAUUUCCAGGAGCUGGUGGACUGGGUGGAGGAGCACAAGGGCGGCAGGUUCGUGGAGACGGCGACCGUCGGGCUGGGCAGCCCGGCGUUAGCCGUGACGUCCUUCGCGUCGUUCCGUCUUCGGACGGACUUCGGCUUCGGGCACGCCGCCCUGGCGAUGCCGAUGAUGCUCGCCGGGACCGGGAGGCUGUGCGCCGGCUUCGUGAAGAUCGUCCCGCGCCCCGGAGGCGACGGUUCGUGGGUCGUCAGCAUGGUGGUGUGGCCGAGGCUCGCCGCCGCGCUCGACUCUGACGAGCAGCGCAUCCUGAGGCCGGUCACCGCCGAGUACCUCGGCCUCAAGGCAGAGAACCCGUGUAGCCGGCUAUGAGCACCUGCGUCUUGUGCUCAUUUCCGUGAUGCGCACUACGCCAUUGGUCUCCACCAUGUUUCUGUAUAAGCUUUGUUGCGUUCGUUCCGUAAAAAAAAAAAGCUUUGUUGCGUUCGUUCCGUCAAAAAGAAAACAAGCUUUGUUG